CACAGUUGUUUAUUUGCGCAAUUACAUAUUUUGCCUAGUUGCAUUCAACCAGUAGUUUUCAAACUACAAAGUAUUACGUGUAACUUAAAAAAAGCAAUACCGCCUACCCUCGUUCCCACGAUCAAAGUUGGAUUCGACCCAAAUUUGCCAUGCCGCUCCAGCGACGCGAAACAUUUUUUCCACUGUGAAUUUAGCAUAAGGGAUGAAAGCGGCGAAGUGACUGAGCCAAAAUCAAAAUGGUAGAGGCUUGUAGCGGGGAGCGAUGUGAAGCAAUGUGUGAGGUGUUAGCAACAAAUGUUUAUAACUUAACCCGUUGGUAAUGUUUACCAUGUGUUUUUUAUAAGGGAAAUUCUUUUAGAGUGAAUAAUAAUUAUUCUUUUCAAUGUUAUGUUGAACGAAUGGAAAUGAAUGCCUUGGAAUGAUGACAAAUGUAAAUCAAAGUUUACUGAAUGCCUCUCAUAUCAUGCAGGUUGCUCCACCAGCUACUAAUGCUCCUCUCAUUCAUUUUCAGAUUAUUCCUAACCCAGAAAUUCAACAACAGGUUGUUAAAAAAGAUGUCCAAUAUGUUCAUCCACCUACUUAUAACAUUAUUAAUCCCCCAGAAAGUCAACAAUGUUGUCUGGUUCAAGACCAGAAUGGUGGGAUAACAUGGGCAGUAGUUUCUAAUGAACUGCAACCCUCAUUCAACUCUUUGGGUAUGAAUCCUUUUAUUAAUGGAAGCAUAACACCAAUCAUUCAGAAUGUUCAAACUAGUAAUAAUAAUACUUCGUAUGAUACACAAAAUACAAUAAUAUGUGAAACAAAGCAGGAGUGCUCAGGACAAAAUGAAAUUGUAACAGUUGACGUUCUAAACUCAAGUAAACAACAAACUUAUGUGCCUCACAUUACUGACACACCUCCAGUUUUUAAGAAAGAUAAAGACUCUAAAAAUAAUGGCUCGCAUAACAACGACACAUACAAAACUGAUUUUUCAUUGUCAUCAUCUUCAGGAUGCAACUCUGGUAUAAACCAAGCAGAUGAAGCAGCAAUAGAAAAUUUACCUUUUGAUGAAAGUGCGGCCAUCACUACUGAUGAUCUUGAAGCAUUUGCAAGAGAAUUUAAACGAAAACGUAUUAAACUUGGGUUUACCCAAAGUGAUGUUGGUUUAGGACUUGGUAGUUUAUAUGGGAAUAUUUUCAGUCAGACCACCAUAUGUCGCUUUGAAGCUUUGCAGCUGAGUUUUAAAAACAUGUGCAAGCUUCGGCCACUGCUUGUAAAGUGGUUAGAGGAAAUGGAUAAUAAUUUUUUGGGAACAGAAAAUGCAACUAGUAGAAACUUAUUUCCAGCAAGAAAGAGAAAGAAAAGAACCUCCAUAGAUUUAACCUUAAAAGAAACAUUAGAGAUGUAUUUCAUCAAACAUCAAAAACCAUCAGGACAUGAUAUUACAGAAAUGGCAACACAAUUAAAUUUGGAAAAAGAAGUUGUCAGAGUGUGGUUUUGUAACAGAAGACAAAAGGAGAAAAGAUUAUUAGCAAGUACAGGUUUUGUAAAGUCUAGUGAGGCAAGUAUGGUGUCUCCAUCUUUGUCAUAUCCAAUAUCUUUUAACCAUGUACCACAAGAACAAAGUGUUAUUGACCAACUUCAUUCUCAACAACCUUACUAUCAGGUUGACUCUUUUGAAACAACGAAAAGUUAGAAUUAUAUUACUUUACAACUAGUGUUUAUGUGUAUAUAUGUAUAAAUUUAUUAAACUUGUUUAAACUAAAGAUUUGAGUCUACAAAUUUUUGCCAAUAUUUACUUGAAUUCUUCAUUUUUAAUCCUAUUCAUGCCAGGAGUUUGAAUGUUCUGAAUCAUCCUGGAAUAUGGUUAUUUUCAACCCAUAUCAAGUUGCUACAAAAAUAAGUAAAGAAGGGCUCAGUUUUGACUGCUGUUGUUACACAAUGUUUGGGCACUUACAUAUGGUUUUACGUAGUAUUUCCUGUGCUUAAAAAAAAACAUGAUAAAGUCAUUCAUUAUUUCUUAAAAAUGUUGCUUAAGAAAUUGUUGCAAAUAAAAUGAGUUUUUUACCCUUUUUUGCAUUCUGUCUUCUGUUUGCAGAAGUUGUAUCUUUUUUUUUUUUUUUUACCAAGAGAGCAUUCUAUCCAAGCAUAAUGUUGUGAUAUCACAGGAAAAUCCUAAACAGGACUCUUGAAAAUGAAAACCUUGAAUAACCUGCAAGUGGCCUAAAGAUCAGAAAUUCUGAUAAUGAAUUCUGAUAAGAUAUUAGUAACCGUCAUAAUACCUUUUUCAUACUAAUUUUGUGGAUAUUAAUUUUUACACAAUAGACCUACAGUGUAAUUUUCCAGGUAAAAGUUUUUAUGCAAAAAAAAUUUGAAUAAGCAUUGAGUCCAGAAUGUUAAAGUUAAGGUUGUUUCGAUUUCAAACAAAAAAACUUUUUUUUAAAUAUAUAGUUUUUCCUAACCAUUUCCUACACAUUGCAUUUUUUUCUGGGGUAGUAGAUUAAUCUAGGUUAAGUCUCAGGUUAAAGGGUAAAUCUCAGAAUUCACCCUUCCCUAUCUUGAGGUGGGGGUGGGUAACUUUGAUUUUUUUCUUACUUUAUCAAUGGUACUUUUUUGUAAUGUAAUUAUUCUUUUCACCUUUGUUGAUUUUUGUGUACAAACAGUUAAAAUCAUUUAAAAAUGUUUUUUUUGGUUCAAUAAAAAUCUGGGUUUUUUUAACUGCAUUGGUGUUUAUUUAAUUUUUGAAUUUCCAAAUAGAAUGCCUAAAAUUGGUGAAGGUAUAUAUUGGAAUUUUUGCCACAAAAUGUUUUUUUAGACAAUUUUCGCGAAAAAUUCUUCCAAGUGGGAAUAACUUUAUGUGUUAUGGAAUAUUUUUUAUUAUUCACAAUAUUUUAUCAGUCUACCAUUUUAAUUGCUUUUAUUAGUCGAAGAAAGUUGUUACUUUUAAAAUACUUUAUCACAUAUAGUGACAUUUUUCAACUUAUUUAUAUUUAUAAAAUAAGUUUUUAUUUCUUUUUAGAAUGCGAUUUAUUUUUACUAUUACUUUUAUUCUAUUAAAUUUAAGCCAUUAUUAUACUGCAGUGACAGUGACUCAAAUUAUUGAGUAUAUUUAUGUAGUCUAUGGCAUAUUACGAGAAUUUUAUGUAAGCAAAUUUUUGAUGUAUCACUGUCAAUUACCUAAACGCAGCAGUUGAUGUUGCACAAAUUUUCAAAUAAAGGUUGCCUCAUUGCAUUCAAUAUAUGCAUUGUAUAAUCAUAGUUGUAAAAAAGGCAAGAACAGGUUCAAAAAUAUUAAAUGCUCUAAGUAUGAAACUCUGAAUUACAGUAUACUAUGUUUUUAAAAAUGUAAAAACAUUUUUCAAAAUCAAAAUAUCGCCCCUCACCCCCACAUUUACUUUCCUACUGAACAUGUUACUGCACUAAGAUCUUGCAUUCUUAAAUUUUGCAUUGUAAAAACAGAAAAUCACAUGUUUUAGUAAAACCUUUUUAAUUCUAUAAAAUACACAUUUCUCUAAAAAUUGACAUUUUAAAAUUUAAUUUAACAUUGGUUAUGCAUUGCACAAUGUAGACUGUGCUUCUUGCUGCGUGGGUGCCUAAAUCUUUCUGAGAAAGCCUGUAAAGUUUUUUUGUUGGUAACAGUUUUUGUUCCCUGACAAUUGUGUAGCUUUUUUGCUGUAAAUAUUCUAGUUUUUCAAGUUUCAGUAUUUGACACAAAACACAGUGCUUCACUACUCA